GAGAUGGGUAAAACCCUAGGGUUGAAAAUUUUUCAAAGAAGGAAACGAGACAAACAUAUCGGCAAACUUCAAAUUUAUUCGAAGCCUAGGGUUUUGCCCAUCACUGACUGGUAUUCACCAAUUUAUAUCUGAAUAAUUUUCCACUAUCAAUUUAUGUAGUACGUCUUUUAUUACUAUGUGUCACGCUAUGCUUUUUUUUUAUCUGACUGGGCUGGUGUAUAAUCAGUAUAAUUAAAUACUUUUAAAACAAUGAGUGUACUUAAACCAGAAUUAGUUUGGGUAGAUGGGAGAUGUUAUAGAUUUUUAGAACAAAGGGAUGCAGCUACUUGCAAUACUCCUUAUGUCGAAAAUGAUGAUCUUAAGUAUCAGGAUUGUGAAGAAGAAUUUGCCACCGAUAUAGAAAUUGUACCCUAUGAAACAGCAAAAUUUAAACAUGUGUUUCAUGUAGCAAAGUCGUUUUUUCCAUUUAUUAUUGGAGCCAAACAUCAAGUUCGCAAGCGAUUACAAAAUGAAACUAAAACAACAAUACAAAUUCCAGGACCAGGGCAAGAUGGAGAUAUUAAAAUUAUUGGAUAUGAUCAUAAAGGAAUAAUAACAGCACGUCAUAGAAUAAAUUUAAUUAUAGAAUCAACUAGAGGACGACUAAAUUUCACACAUUUCUUGUCUAUACCUCUGAAUGAAGAUCAAAUCAUAAUGAAAUUUAACACUUUUAAACACGAUGUCAUGACUUUUGAAAAUACACCAAGAGGUGUGGAUGAAAUGCUUUUUCAACAACCUAAAAAAUUGCACCUUACCCUUGGAGUACUUACAUUACUCGAUGACAUAGAAAGAGAUCAAGCUAUUAAAGCUCUGGAUUACUGUAAAGAUCAUAUUAUAAAAGCUAAAAUUAAAAAGCAUGGACAGAUUCAUAUUCGCUUGCAAGGAACUGAUAUAAUGAAUGACGACCCUUCUGAAGUAAAUGUUCUAUAUGCAAGAAUAAUCGAUACGAAUAAUAUUUUGCAGGAUAUAGCAGAUGAAAUUGUAAAUCAUUAUGCUAAUAUAGGUUUACUCCGAAAAGAAAAGGAUAGAGUUAAACUCCAUGUAACUCUUAUGAACACAUCAUUUAAACUGGAUGACAAAGAAUUCACUGAUAAACGCAAACUAAGAUUUGAUGCGCGAGAAAUACUAAAAGUCCAUGGAAAUACGAUUUUUGGAGAGACCACAUUAAAAGAGCUUCACAUAUCCCAGCGACAUACAAUCAGCAGUAAUGGGUACUAUCAAGCAACUGCAACAAUAAAUUUAGCCAAAGAUUUGUAGAUGAUAUACAAAAUUCUUAUUUACAAUUACACAUGUUAUGUCUUAAAUGUAAAUUAAGUAAAAAAAUUUUAAUUCCUUAUAAUGGAAACUAUGUGAAAACAGACAUUAUAAUUUUUACAAUUAUCCCUAGGAUCAAAAUUACUGGUCCAUUAAGUUGAUAGAGACAUGUUUCCAAUGCCUGUUACCUAAUAACUAAUAUAUUUUUAUAAUGCAGGUUAAAUUCAAACGUUCAAACUAAUUACUAUACCUUACUAUACUUCCCUUGUUAGUAUAUUAACACUUUGCUAUGGUAACGGAAGAUGUAAACAAAGUGGCUGGUGAAGAUGCGUUGUUUCGUAAACAAGUAUAUUUUUUCCGUUAUUAUAAUUUUUUACUUAAACUUUCUCGAAAGGCUUGUCGCGAAUAAAGAAAUUAAUGAAAUCUCCCAACUGCAGGAGUUUGGAAAUAAUGCGUCGUUUUCGUUUAUUCAUGGCGAUACAAAGAAAAAUUUUAAAGCGUCCGCGGAUCGUAAGUUUAUAAUCAUUUUUUUAGAAAUGAUCAAAUAAUUUCAUGCGUAAGUUAUUACAUUUUUUAGGAUUACGAUGUAUAUGUACUAGAGUUAGUACACUAAUUGAUUUACAAAAUGGUAAUUCUUUGUGUAUCUUUUGUAAUUUGAACAUAACAGUAACCAUAGAUGUGAAAGAUUGUAUUUCAUGUAAUAAUACAGCGUGUGAAUGCAAUAUUAAUAAAAUACAAAGUAAUAUUGAAGUAUUAAAACAAUA